AUGAGGCUCAAUGAGGCGGAGAAGAUAAAAUGUGACCCUGUGGAUUUUGAAGAACCAGCCAGUCCUCACCAUCAGAAAACAUUCGAACUGAAGAGUGGUGUUAUCGCACAUAUGUUCAUGUGGCGAUAUUCAGAUAUAGCCAAUGAAUGUGAGCAGUUUUUGUCCAAAAAAGGAUUUGAUGCUGUCCAAUUUCUCCGCCAUUGUUACAGAUCUCCCCCCCCUACAGACCAUGUUGAGGCAGCUGGGCUAAUGAAUAGGUACCAAGUAGUCUCGUAUCAGCUGAUCAACCGGUUAGGCAGCGAGCACCAGCUGAGAGAUAUGGUUAAUAGAUGCAACAGUGUUGGUGUUAGGGUGUUUGCCAAUGUUGUAUUCAACCAUAUGACGAUAAUGAAGGAAAAUCUAGUUGGCACGGGAGGUUCAUCUGUUUACCCUAAAGAAAUGUAUUACCCAGGUGUACCAUACACAAAAGAAGACUUCCAUCCACCCUGUGAUAUACCAGAGGAUAAACCGGUAAAUGCAAAACAGAUGAGAGAGUGUCAAAAAUUUGGUAUGAAUGACUUGGACCAGUCUCGUGAAUCAGUAAGGGAGAAGAUUGUGCAUCAUUUGAACCACUUGAUAGAAAUUGGUGUAGCUGGUUUUAGCAUAGAUUCCGCCAUUAACAUGCACCCUGAUGAUUUGUCAGUGAUCUACCAGAGAGUAAAUCAUCUCAACACAGAACACGGCUUCCCUGCAGAAACUAGACCUAUGAUAUACCAGGAUGUCUUAAUUUUGGAUGGCACCGAGCCAGUAAAGUAUGAGGAGUACACCCCACUAGGAUUAGUCAUGGACUACAAGUUUGGCCGUCAGUUGGGAAAGUUUUUCCUAAGCGAAAAAAAUCUCAACUAUCUCGAGAACUUUGGCUCAGAAGCAAGUAACCUGUCCAAAAAACAAAGAGUUGUGUUUGUUGAAGAUUAUAUAACGGAACGUAUCGGAGACGUCGCCUAUUUGAACUACCAGAAUCCAAAACGGUACAAGAUGGCAGUGAUGUUCAUGUUGGCUCAUGGAGAUUACACUUCCAAGAUAUUUUCGAGUUUCCAGUUCUCAAAAUAUCGUCAAGAACCUUCUGAUCUACCUCCACGUCCUAUCAAGAAAAACAUUUGUUCCAACGGUUGGGAGUGUCAACAUCGGUGGCAUCAGAUAUACAGCGCGGUGGAAUUCCACAACGUCGUACAAGGUACACCAGUGACGGAUUGGUGGAGCAAUGGCGUAAAUCAAAUUGCUUUUUGUCGGGGAAACAAAGGAUUUGUGGCUUUCAACUUGGACUCUGUCGAAUUAAACAAGAAUCUCCAGACACGCCUGCCAGAGGGAGAAUAUUGUGAUAUAAUAUCUGGAGAAGUUACAACUACAGGGUGUUCUGGCAAAACAAUAAAAGUCGGAAAAGACGGAAAAGCAAGGAUACUUAUACCAAAGUUCGACCCUGCAAGUGUUGAUGAUGGUUUUGUGGCAAUCCACAUUCAAUCUGGAAUUGUAUAUGAAUAAGGGAAUUGGAGGAAAUCUGAGAUGUAAUUUAUACAAAUGAAAAUAUAUGAAAUAAAUUA